UCAGUCUUUGACUAAGCGUCGCAGUUGUCAUCGCAGCGGACACUGUGGUAGUUACUCUUGAUUACUGAUAUUUGUAUUCCGUCGUCAGUUGUGUGUUAGUUCCUCCGGUUUUUGGUUUCGAUUUCGAUUUCGAUUUGGACAACAAGAGAAUAAAAAACGCUAGAAGCUACUCACAUCAUAAUUUCUAUCAAACGGAUACGGAUGCGGUUUUUGAUUACACCACGAUCAUACUAGCAAAUGCUGGCAGUCGGCAAUUACGAACCUCCAUUCAUCCAUCCAUCUUUCAGACGAGUGCAAAAGUGCAAUGUCUGUUCGUGAUUAUAAAUGUUUAGCAUAGCAUUCUAUUGUUUUCGGUACCAUGACGACUAACAACAACAACGACAACAACAAGAGCAGCUGAUUCUGAUUAGAACCGCAGAAGAAGAUGCAGCAAUAAAUAAAGCUUUAACAACAAAUAUUAUCAAUGUGCAAUAUAGCUAAAAUAUUUAUAAAAUAUUCUAGAAAAAAGAAAUAAUCAAUAAGUAAUACAUAAUUUCGAUUAAAUUAAACGCCGGUUAGUGAUAAUAGCUUUUAUAUCUCAAUACAUAAAUGCAGUGCAAUGUUCUCUAUAUAAAUAAUUGAAAAUAAGUGAAUUAAUUUAGUGAAAAUAUAAUGCCUGAAGUGCGAGCUGAAAGUCCACUGACUUAGCAACGAUAAAAAUAAAAAUACUAAGGAAUUCACCAAGCAAUAAAUAAAUUAAAUAAGCGUCCAAUGGUAAUGGCCGUGAUACUGUUGCUCGCCCUGGCACUUCUAGUCGGUUGCUAUUGCGCGAUUCACAGGCAAAAGAUCAGUGCGAUCUAUCUGAAGCCAUUGCUGAAGAAUACUCCAUUCGAGGACGUCUAUCAUGCCACGCCCAUCGAGCAGCGCAAGCGUCGCGGCAUCUGGGAUAUACCCGGACCACAGCGAAUACCCUUUCUGGGCACCAAGUGGAUAUUUUUCGUCUUCUUUCGACGCUACAAAAUGACCAAACUGCACGAAGUCUACGCAGAUCUGAAUCAACAGUAUGGCGACAUUGUGCUGGAGGUCAUGCCCUCCAAUGUGCCCAUCGUGCAUCUGUACAAACGCGAGGAUCUCGAGAAGGUGCUCAAGUAUCCCAGCAAAUAUCCAUUCCGACCGCCCACCGAGAUCAUUGUGAUGUAUCGUCAAUCUCGGCCAGAUCGUUAUGCCAGCGUUGGCAUCGUCAACGAGCAGGGUCCGAUGUGGCAGCGACUGCGCUCCUCGCUCACCUCCAGCAUCACCUCGCCCCGCAUCCUGCAGAACUUUCUGCCCGCCCUCAAUGCCGUCUGUGAUGAUUUCGUUGAGCUGCUUCGCGCCCGACGCGAUCCCCACACGAAUGUGGUGCCCAACUUUGAGGAGCUGGCCAAUCUGAUGGGUCUCGAGGCGGUCUGCACUUUGAUGCUGGGCCGUCGCAUGGGUUUCCUGGCAGCAAAUGCCAAGCAGCCGGAGAAGAUCAGUCAGCUGGCGGCGGCUGUUAAACAGCUGUUCAUCUCGCAGCGGGAUUCGUAUUAUGGCCUGGGAUUGUGGAAAUACUUUCCCACCAAAACGUAUCGGGACUUUGCCCGUGCCGAGGACUUGAUCUAUGAUGUCAUCUCCGAGAUCAUUGAUAAUGAGCUGGAGGAGCAUCGAAAGUCUGCGGCCUGUGAGGAUGAAGAUUCCGCGGGCUUGCGCAGCGUCUUCCUCAACAUACUCGAGCUGAAGGACUUGGAUAUUCGUGACAAGAAGUCCGCCAUCAUAGACUUUAUUGCAGCGGGCAUUGAGACGCUAGCCAACACGCUGUUAUUUGUGUUGAGCUCCGUGACAGGAGAACCUUCGUCCAUGCCCCGCAUUCUCAGUGAGUUUCUUGAGUAUCGCGACACCAAUAUCCUGCAGGAUGCGCUGACCAAUGCCACAUACACAAAGGCCUGCAUACAGGAAUCGUACAGACUGCGACCCACGGCUUUCUGUUUGGCACGCAUCCUGGAAGAGGACAUGGAACUGUCCGGCUAUUCACUGAAUGCGGGCACGGUAGUACUAUGUCAGAAUAUGAUCGCGUGUCACAAAGACAGCAACUUUCAAGAGGCCAAACAGUUUACUCCGGAGCGUUGGAUCGAUCCGGGCACGGGAAACUUUACAGUCAACGUGGACAGUGCCAGCAUUGUGGUGCCUUUCGGUGUGGGAAGACGCACGUGUCCUGGCAAGCGAUUCGUGGAAAUGGAAGUCGUCCUGCUGCUGGCCAAGCUUGUGCUGGCAUUCGAAGUCAGUUUUGUGGAGCCGCUGCAAACGGAAUUCGAGUUUUUGUUGGCACCCAAAACACCAUUGAGUUUGGUGCUAAAAGAUCGCGAAUUGUAGAACAUCCUCCUCGCAGUUUAAUGUAUCUAAUACAAAGCCAGAAAGUAAACAAACUAAUGCUGUAUAUACGAGAA